CAAAAAUUCUAAGGUGUGCUGUUUUAUGUUGAGAAAAUAUACAGCAGUAAUAAACCCACUUUACUUAACAUUAAAGGUAACGUAUGUAAAAUAAGGAUUUAUUAGCUGCAAAUACCAUAAAAAGAAAGAGAGAAAGAGAACAUAACAUAUCCUAUUGUAUAUAAAAUUUUUACAAAAUGGUUGAGGAAUUUGUCUCAAAAACUUUAGCACUUCUUGAAGAAGAGCGGAAUGCAGAAAUACAAGAAAAUAGCUAUUUUUAUGAGAAACUUCCUCCAAAACAAUUAGAAAAGAAAGGAGUCUGCCUUCUAAAGCUGCACCUUGCUAGCCAGGCGUCUGGUUUUUAUGGUCGUAUGAUUGUUAAACUUGAACCAUGGAUGAAGAAAGAACUACCAUCUCAUUCAUUUACACCAGGUGACAUUGUUCAGCUCAGUUUAAAUCAGAAAAAUGCUGCAGAGUCUGAGAAUAUUGCAGUUGGUAUUGUUUCCAAGACCACUUCUAACAGUAUUUCAAUAGCAUUUGAUGAAUAUAAGGACAUAGAGACCAUGUCUUCUGAUGCUCAUUACAAACUUCUCAAAAUUGCCAACGAUGUGACUUAUAAGAGAUUAAAAAGUGCUGUAAGUGGAUUACAUAAAGCAGGAAAUGGAAGAGCCAGCGAUUUAUUGGAUAUUUUAUUUAAUCAUAAAUUCAUUUCUUCAGAAAAAUGUCAUGAUUUUACAUUUUACAAUACAAAUCUUGAUGAAUCUCAGAGAGAAGCUGUGAAAUUUGCAAUAAAUCAAAAGAAUAUUGCUAUAAUUCAUGGCCCACCUGGUACAGGAAAAACUACCACAGUUAUUGAGAUUUUGUUGCAAGCUGUCAAGCAGAAACAAAAGGUUCUUGUGUGUGCACCAUCAAAUAUUGCUGUGGAUAAUCUUGUGGACAGAUUAGCCCAGCUGAAACAGAAUAUUCUUCGUAUUGGUCAUCCAGCUCGUCAAUUGCCGCAUCUACAAAAAUAUUGUUUAGAUGCAAUUCUUUCAUCGAGUGAUGGUGGAAAGCUAAUCAUGGAUGUCAAGAAGGAUUUGGAUAAAGCUUAUAGUCAAUUGUUGAAAUCAAAUAAAAAUGGUGAAAAAUAUAAAUAUAGAGAAGAGAUAAAGGUGUUGCGAAAAGAACUUCGUCAAAGAACAUUACAGAGUAGCACUGAAAUCCUAAAGCGUGCUGACAUUAUCCUCUCCACCUUAACAAGUGCAUCUGAUGAUGGAUCUCUUAAAGAAUUGAAAUAUAAUUAUUUUGACAUGGUUGUCAUUGAUGAAUGUUCACAGGCAACUGAAGCUGCCUGUUGGAUACCAAUUCCUCGAGCUCCUAAAUGUGUUUUGGCUGGAGAUCACUGCCAGCUUCCACCAACUAUUAUAUCAAAGGAGGCAGCUAGUGCAGGUUUAGAGAUAACACUGAUGGAAAGAGUCUUGAAGGAAUAUGGAAAUCAAGUGAAGAAAAUGCUAGCCACUCAGUACCGAAUGCAUCAGCAUAUUAUGGAAUGGUCAUCAAAACAGCUGUAUGACAAUGAACUCAUUGCAGAUUCUUCUGUUAAAAAUCAUCUUCUAAAGGAUCUGGAAAGAAUAGAAGAAAAUGAACUUACCACAGAACCACUAAUAUUGAUUGACACUGCUGGUUGUAAUCUGCCCGAACUGGAAGUUCCAGAAGAAAUAUCAAAGGGCAAUGAAGGGGAGGCUGAAAUUGUUAAUUACCAUGUAAGGAAGCUUAUAUCUAGUGGUCUUUCAGUUGAAGAAAUUGCAGUUAUUGCACCAUACAACCUCCAGGUUGAAUUACUGCGACUGAAAUUGAGUUCAGAUUAUCCAAAAUUGGAAAUAAAGUCAGUUGAUGGUUUCCAAGGCCGAGAGAAAGAAGCUGUUGUUAUUUCCUUGGUGAGGUCAAAUGAAAAAGGAGAUGUUGGUUUUCUAUCGGAAAGCAGACGUAUAAAUGUAGCUGUAACAAGAGCCCGCCGUCACUUAACUGUUGUUUGUGAUAGUGAAACUAUGAGACACGACAAAUUUCUCUCUUCGUUAAUGGAUCAUUUCUUCGAUAAAGGAUUUGUUUAUUCAGCUAAUCAGUAUUUAAAUGAUGAUAUUGUAGACCGGUCAUCCUUAAGAAAAUUGGAAAUGAUGAAUGGCAUUGAAAUUGGUAAAAAUGCUAACAGAAAAAAACCCAAACCAUGUGAUGAAAAACAAAACAAAAUGUCUAAAGCCGACAAGGAUGCGAAACGACAUAAUGAACUGCAUAAAACUCUCACAGAUUUCUCAAAAAACUCUGAGGAAACUGUGAAAAUUUUCCCAUCUACACUGAAUUCUUUUGAAAGAAUGCUGGUGCAUGAAAUAGCCAACAAAUUGGGUUUGAUACAUAUCAGUGAAGGAGAAGGCAAGGACAGACAAAUAGUUGUUAAAAAAUCAAAUAAUGAGCAAGUAAUUAGCCAUAGUGAUACACUUGAAAAUGAUUCUUCCAAAGACUUGGUUGAUAAUGAACCUAUAGAUAACGAACUUGUAGACAGCUGUACAGGAAUGUCUACUGUUUCUUCCUCUAACUGUGAUGAUAAUACAACAACAAACCAGGCAAUGUCUAUUGAUUCAACAACAAACCAGGCAAUGUCUAUUGAUUCAACAACAAACCAAGCAAUAUCUAUUGAUUCAAGUGAGUUGUUGGAUGAAUCACUACUUAUGAAAGAAAAACAGAAUAAAAAAACAAAGAAAGUAAAGAAACAAAAUAAAUCAGUGCCGGUUUUUGAUUUUGAUAAACCUGCAGAGGACACUGAAACAUGUUCUUACUGUUCACGGCAAAUUUUAAAAAGCAAUUAUGACUUGCAUAUCCUUCAUUGUUCCAAGAGUAAAAAACCUAACACUAAGACUUCUAAACCAACACAAAUGCCCAAAGUCAAAGCCAAAUCUGAUAAGAUGACAAAGGCUCUAAACAGUGUCGAUCCAGAUGACUUUGAUGCUUUAAUAUCAGCAGCUAUGGAAGUAAAUAAUAAAUGCAGUUUCCCUAAAUGUAAAGAAAAGACCCAUGUACUGCGUAUACACUGUGAAUUUUGCAGGCUUCAUUAUUGUAUAUCUCACAGCAUGCCAGAAAUUCACGGUUGUGGAGCUGAGAUAAAAGCUCAAGCUCGUAAAAUAAUCUCUCGUGAUGGUGUCAUAUAUAGCGGAAGUGGUGUUCCUAGCAAAUUACCAAAUGCAGUUAAAAGUGCUCGUCUUCAAAGUAAGUUAGAUAAGAGGUUGACAGAAAUGUCAGACCAACGUAAACAAAAACAGAAGAAAAGCUAAUUAAUUUAUUUAAUUAUAGGGAAAUUGUUGCUUUCUUGGUAUUCAACAUCUAAUGCUGGUUUAUUAAUAUGCAGCAGUUUCUUGG